AGCCUGGAUUUCUUCCACGGGUGCACUUACUUUGACCGAUGCUGAUUCGCCCCGUCAACAAAUUUCAGCCGGCUUGAUUUCCGAACAAAAUUGGACCGUCCGGGGCGGACCUUGCUGUUUUCUGAGUUGCACUCCACAUUCCACUGCCUUUGGUAAAAAUGUCGCACACGCGACUCCUGUUCCUGUCAUUUGUGAUCGUGGUCGCCGGUUCGGCGCGAGCCGACCUCGUCAACAAAAAUGUGGAGACGGUGGUGGACAUUUCCUCUCAGCUCGCCAAGAUCAGCAACAAAGUCACGGUUGAAAACGUCGGCAAAACCACGCUAAAGUCCCUGAUCUUCGGCGUGCCCGCCCAUCUGAAAGAACGCACGUCGUUCGUGACGGCCAAAGUCGGCGAGCACCUACUGCGGGUGACUGAAACCAAGCUGAGCGGCCAGGAUGGAGGCUUCUGGAAGGUUGACUUGCGCUCCGACCUGGCAGCCGGUCGCACCCUGCAGUUAAACAUCGACCUGGUGCUCAGUCGCGCCCUGGUGCCGCACCCCGGCCAGAUCACCCAGAAGGAAAAGCAGCUGGUGCUGUUCGAGGGCAACGUCUACUUCUUCAGCCCCUACCUGACCGAGAAGCAGAGUCUCACCGUGAACCUAGGCACCAACUCGGUGGAGAGCUACGCUCGCAUCCAGCCAGUGAGCCAGUCGGACAACAAGCUCAACUACGGCCCCUACGAGAAGGUGCAGCCCUUCCAGGAAGAGCGCCUCAACAUCCACUACGAGAACAACUCACCCUUCCUCACCAUCACCCGACUGGAGCGCCUCAUCGAGGUCUCUCACUGGGGCAACAUCGCCGUUGAGGAAACCGUCGACAUUGAGCACCAGGGAGCCACCCUGAAGGGCUCGUUCUCCCGCUACGAGUACCAGAGGGAAUCGCAAAGCGGCAUCUCCAGCGUAAAGUCGUUCCGCACAGCGCUGCCGGCCUCUGCCGUGGACGUCUACUACAGAGACGACAUCGGCAACAUCUCAACCUCGCACAUGCGCGUGCUCAGCGACUCUGUCGAGCUGGAGUUGCGUCCGCGGUUCCCCCUGUUCGGCGGCUGGAAGACCCACUACACCCUGGGCUACAACGUGCCCAGCUAUGAGUACCUCUUCAACCAGGGAGACGUGUUCGUGCUCAAGAUGCGCCUGAUGGACCACGUCUUUGAUGACAUGUACAUCGAGCACCUGAUCACCAAGAUCAUCCUGCCCGAAGGCUGCCACUCGAUCGAGCUGUCCGCGCCUUACGCCGUAGAGCGCCUCAAGGACACCCUGCACCACACCUACCUGGACACCAAGGGCCGCCCGGUCAUCUCAGUCAGCAAGAGGCAGCUGGUGGAGAACCACAUUGAUGACUUUGAGCUGCGAUACAAGUUCGCCAAGGUGCUCAUGAUCCAGGAGCCGCUGCUCGUCAUCACGGCCUUCUUCGCCCUGUUCGUGCUGGUCAUCAUCUACGUGCGGCUCGACUUCAGCAUCUCAGAGGAGGAGGAGCAUUCUCGAGUUGACAGAGAACACAAGGACAAGUGAAUGCCUUUGUUUUGUAAAGGAAUUUGCGUGUGUAAAUGUUUUUGUUGAGAAAGUUUGGAUGAGUAAAAUUUAAUGUUUUCUUGUAAAAUAUCAAAGCUGCAAUAAUUUGUACGAUAACCUACUGAAGGAUGGUAAAUAAAACUAGAAAUUUAAUACUCCA